AUGACGGGAGAACAACCACCAGAAUCAAAUUAUUCAAAAACCCCCAAAAAUGAGGAUAAAUUUAUGUUUUCUUCGAAAUUUGUCCUUGCACUCGUGGCAAUAAGCAUUAAUAUGUUGGCGGAGCAAACAAGAGCAUUAUCAAGCCAUUUUAUUGUUGGAUUAAAUAUUAGACAAGAAAAUGUGGGAGUUUAUAUUAGUAAAAUGAAAACGUAUAGGGUUAUUUUUAUGUUCCUUGGAUUUAUAACAAAAGACAUAAACGCCUUUUUCCUUCGUUACAAUAAAGCUAACCUUACUAUCCAGGCAUUGUUACUUCUUGCAAUGUCUAGAGGACUCACAUUUUACUUUUCCACGAAUGCAGAUAAUAUUGGAUUCGCAUUUUACUGUUCAUCAAAUAUGGAUGCUUUUUUAUGUGGGAUGCUUUAUAAUUCAAUUAUCUCCUUUGCUCCACAGCAGAUGACAAUUAUCCGACUAUCGAGCGAUAUGUGUUCUGUACUUGUUACCAUAAUUCAGACAAUAUUAGACGUGAUUUUUGAAGGACAAUCAUUGUUAAUAAUUAAAGUUCAAUGUUGCUUUUCGUUUCUUUUGACUUUAAUUUCACUAUUUUUAUGGUUUUAUCAGGUUAAAUUUCUUGAAAUAGAACCAUAUAAAUCUACUAUCGUGUUAAUAAGUGAAAUCAAUGCAAUCAUAUAUAGUUUUAAUCAUUUCUUGGCAAUUAUAGACCCUCAUAUUGCAGUUAUAAACCGUUAUAGUGAACUUUUCUCAUCAUAUAAGAAAUCUGAGACAAAACUAAAAUCGCUCUUUAAAAAACUAGAAAAACUGUUGGAAGAUAUCAAAGAAUUGGAUGGAAAAACCGCAAAUAAUGGGUCUUUAGAAUCGGAACUUAGAAUAGUGAUUGAGAAAUUAAGUUUGAUGGAUGAAUUUGCUAAAAAACUUUCCAAGUUGCUCAAUAUUGAUUUAGAAGAAAGACAGACUUUAAGAUCAAUUUUCGAUCUUUCGUCUGAAGAUUUUGCUUAUGAAAAGAAGAGGUUUGAAAAUGUAAUAAUAACUCCUGAAAUUGAAGAAAUGUAUAAUGAAACACUCAAAUUCGUAGAUCAAAUUUACUCAGAAUUCAAAGAAUUUGAAUCUAUUUUUGAAACUAUUGAAGAAAUAGUUGAAAGUAUUAAAAAACAUAAUAUUAGUAAUAAAAUGAAAAUUUAUGAUUCUAAGAAACAAUUUAAGUGGUUGUUAAAAAAGGUUGCUGAAAUUCUAACUAGUAAAUCAAAUGUACCCGAUCCCGGGGAAAAAAUUAAAGCCGAUGAUAUUUCACUUAAAAUAGAAAGUUUUUUUAAACCAUUAGAUAGAUUAAUGGACAAAGUCGGUAAAACUAGAAUUGAUAAAAUUCAAAAAAAGACUAUGAUUAGUCCAAAAGAACCAUUUGAACUAGAAAAACAUACCCAUGGAUAUUUCCGUCUUUGGUUAAUUAUGAAAUCUCCUAUUAUUAUGUUUUUAUUAUCCACAUUUUUAUUUGAAUUUCUGUUUCCUCACGUCAUUCCUUAUUGGCUCUUAAAUGGUGAAAGUGCUAUAGUUGUAAGCCUGGUUAUUGCUCCAUUUAGAAUUUCUGGAUCAAUAGCAGUGUUUUUAACUGAUUAUUUUGUGGCCAAUUUUAAAAAUUGGACAUGGCAAUAUGAUGUAUUUUGGAUUUUAGUUAUUCCCCAAUUUAUGACAUUUCUGAUAUCAAUAAUAGCCAUUCAUACCAGAUUAUGGCCUUUUACAAUUCUCAUUGAUCAAAUACUUUUAGUUGUAAUAGUGGCCGUAAUCAUGGUGAUUUGCAACAGCUUAGUGGAAUCGUUUAGUUAUAUGGCAAUAGCAAACUACGUAGUUAAUAAUAGAUUACAUAGUAGAUUAUUGGUAAUUCAUACAAUUUUAAUUGAAGUUAUUCGUUUAACAUUCAUGAAAAUUGGUGUUGGUUAUAGUGAUGCAAGAAAUAGAUAUGGAUUAAUAUACCCUGAUUUUGAACCUCAUAGGGAGAUCCAAUAUCAACUUAUAUUUUGGAUACGAGAAACAAUUUAUAGAGCAGAUAGAAAUUUGUGGAGAGAUCUCUCCACUAGAAUUACUAGAUACACUGAAGUAUUUGAACAGUAG